UUCUGCACAUGCGUACAAUCCAGUUGAACCGAUUGCGUUCUGGGUACAUAUUGCGCAGUGACAAGUAGAAAUUAAAGUUUUUAAUACGUGCCAAGAAACACUUCCGGGUGGCGUCAUGAAUGGGCGUCUCUUUAGGGCAGCUGGUGUUUGUGUGUUCGCUUGAGCUGCGAGGUUUUGGUGGUUGCGGGGAAACAAGGAGGCCGGCUUCAAGAUGACGGUCCCCGGCUUCGCAGCUUUGAUCUGGGCCGUUCUGGUCAUCCACAAGGUGUCCGCAGAGUACGGCAUGGCCCACUUCAGUGACACGGGCGAAAGGAAAGGGAAGGACUACUGCAUCUUCUUCAACUCACAGUGGGCACGUCUACCCCAGCACCUCAACAAGGCGUCACGUCUCCAGAUCUACGACCUGACCAUGUCGGUCCUGUGCUCGUCGUCCGACGUCCCGCAAGGGGGCUUCCCCAACGGCAUCCCCAUGGUGAUGAGGGGGAACUGCACGUUCUACGAGAAGGUCCGGCUGGCUCAGAUGAACGGCGCCAAGGGCAUCCUCAUCGUCAGCAAGGACAGACUGACGCCACCGGCAGGGAACAAGACGCAGUAUGAGGAGAUUGACAUCCCUGUGGCGCUGCUCAGCUACUCCGACAUGCUGGAUAUAAGCAAGACGUUCGGCAAAGAAAGACUGGUGGCGAUGUACGCUCCCAACGAGCCGGUGCUGGACUACAACAUGGUGAUCAUCUUCCUGAUGGCGGUGGGGACCGUCGCCGUUGGAGGACACUGGGCGGGCAGCAAGGACAGGAAGAAGCGCUACAUGAAGCACAAGAGAGACGACGGGGCGGACAAGCAGGACGAGGAGACUGUGGACGUCACUCCCAUCAUGAUCUGCGUGUUUGUGGUGAUGUGCUGUAGCAUGCUGGUGCUGCUCUACUUCUUCUACGACAGCCUGGCUAUUUGGGUCAUAGCCAUCUUCUGCGUAGCGUCCUCCGUGGGCCUCUACAGCUGCUUGUGGCCUUUUGUGCGCAGACUUCCUUUCUGCAAGUGCAGGAUUCCGGAGAACAACCUUCCCUACUUGCACAAGAGGCCGCAGGUGUGCACGCUGCUGCUGUUGGCCUUCUGCAUCAGUGUCAGCAUCACCUGGAUGGUGUUCCGCAACGAGGACCAGUGGGCGUGGGUGCUGCAGGACACCCUGGGCAUCGCCUUCUGUCUCUACAUGCUCAAAACUGUCAGGCUGCCCACUUUUAAGGCUUGCACUUUACUGCUGGCGGUCCUUUUUGUCUACGAUGUUUUUUUUGUAUUUAUUACACCCUUCUUCACUAAGAGUGGCGAGAGCAUCAUGGUGGAGGUGGCGGCCGGCCCCUCCGACUCGGCCACGCAUGAAAAGCUUCCGAUGGUGCUCAAAGUUCCACGCUUGAACUCAUCUCCCCUCGCCCUGUGCGAUCGUCCCUUCUCCCUCCUUGGCUUCGGUGACAUCCUGGUGCCAGGCCUGCUGGUGGCGUACUGUAACCGCUUUGACAUUUUGACGCAAUCCUCCAGGAUCUACUUUGUGGCCUGCACUAUUGCAUAUGGCGUGGGCCUGCUGAUCACCUUUGUGGCGCUGGCCGUAAUGCAGAUGGGCCAGCCGGCCUUGCUCUACCUGGUGCCUUGCACUCUGCUCACCAGCCUGGCAGUGGCACUGUGGCGCAGGGAGCUGCCUCAGUUCUGGACAGGAAGUGGAUUUGUGCCUCCCAUAGCGCUUGCCCCCAUCGAGUGUACUCAAGCAGCGGGGCCGCAGCCCGAUGGCCCCUCCUCCCUUAAAGCGGAGAACGGAGACCCGCCUGCCAGUCUUCCUCAGGAGACGCCCCUUGUCAAAAAAGAGGACAAGCUGAACUAAGAGGACUUCCAGUGCUGUGGUUUUUUGGUCACCUCGAGGCUUCAUUAUUCUAAUUAUUGUUUCUUUUCAACAUGGUGUUGCAGUAUGAGGACAUUACAAGGGAAACGCAUCUUUUUCAAGUCUUUACCUCAUGUUUAAAGGGAAGACUGGACGUGGUCUGACUCCUCCCAUAUCCCGCCACACCAAAGGCUCGGCAACGCCAGCAUUACGCUGCGUUUGUGCAACAAGCUGAUAGGAUGAUUUGACAUGCGGUGCUAUUGCGACUGAACCUCCAUGUUUUCAUUUAUGCUGUAUUUGCUUUUGCAUGCUAUCGUUUUGGAUUCUAGUAAAGUAUAAUCUGUAGUGUAGAUGUUGCAUCAUCCUAAAAGUCACGGGCACGGCCCUGCGGAUGAGGAGCGGUUCAUAUACUAGUGUUUUGAGCUGAGAGCGGGCAGGGUGUGUCACCUUGAGUGGAACAAUUUGCACAACAGCUCGUGGGUGCGCGUGUUGAAAAUGCGCUAAUAAUGUCUUUUAGUCCUCAAUCUGGGAGUCAGCGUUCACGUUUAUUUACUUGAAACACAUGAGGGUCGGAUGAUUGUUGUCACAUUUGUUGAGCUUUUAAGUGCCUCCAUUGAGGAGGACGACAUAAUAAAAGACUUUUGCUGUAUUUCUUUGACUUGGGUUGAGUGCAUUCUU